AUGAGUGAAUUUAUGGACCUGGAAUCCCAAGACGGGGUUCGAAUGCCAUGGAACGUAAUCCCAGGCACGAAGCAAGAGUCCACCAACAGCGUAGUCCCAGUCUCCGCCAUCUACACUCCGAUCAAGCCAUUCCCCUCCAUGCCCGUCCUCCCCUACGCCCCCCUUCGCUGCCGCACCUGCCGCUCCGUCCUCAACCCAUUCUCCACCGUCGAUUACGCCGCCAAGAUCUGGAUCUGCCCUUUCUGCUUCACCCGCAACCACUUCCCUCCCCACUACGCCUCCAUCUCCGACGAGAACCUCCCCGCCGAGCUCUUCCCCCAGUACACCACCAUCGAGUACGACUCGUCCAUCGAAAAACCCACCUUGCCUCCGGUCUUUAUUUUCGUCGUCGACACCUGCAUGAUCGAGGAGGAGCUCUCAUUUCUCAAGUCCGCUCUGUCUCAGGCUCUCGGUCUCCUCCCGGACCACUCUCUCGUGGGGCUCAUCACUUUCGGGACCUUCGUCCAUGUCCACGAAUUGGGUUUCCCCAGUGUCCCCAAAACUUACAUUUUCAAAGGAUCCAAGGACGUCAACAAGGAGCAAUUGCUUGAACAGAUGAGUUUCUUUCUCAAGAAGCCGAAGCCGGCUACUGGGGUUAUUGCGGGCCCCCGUGACGGGUUGAGCACCGAGAGCAUUGCCAGGUUUUUGUUGCCCGCAUCAGAUUGUGAGUUUGCGCUUAAUUCAGUGUUGGAGGAGUUGCAGAAGGACCCUUGGCCGGUGCCCGCGGAUCAGAGGGCCACCCGGUGCACCAGCACCGCGCUUAGCGUUGCUGCCAGCUUGUUGGGAGCUUGCGUGCCAGGUUCUGGAGCUCGGAUCAUGGCAUUUAUUGGUGGGCCGUCUACAGAAGGCCAGGGUGCUAUUGUGUCAAAAAACUUAUCUGAGCCUAUUCGUUCUCACAAGGACCUGGAUAAGGAUUCUGCUCCACACUUCCAUAAAGCCGUGAAGUUCUAUGAAGGACUAUCAAAGCAGCUUGUUAACCAAGGACAUGUUCUUGAUCUUUUUGCUUGUGCCCUUGACCAGGUGGGGAUCGCAGAACUUAAAAUUGCUGUUGAGAGAACUGGAGGACUAGUUGUGCUUGCUGAAAGUUUUGGCCAUUCGGUGUUUAAGGACUCACUCAGACGCAUUUUUCAGUCGGGUGAUUAUGAGCUUGGUUUAUCAUCAAAUGGUAUAUUUGAGAUAAACUUCUCAAAGGAUGUCAAAGUUCAGGGAAUUAUUGGUCCUUGUGCAUCGCUUGAGAAGAAAGGUCCUCUGUGCUCGGACACGGUUGUUGGUCAGGGGAGCACUAGUGCAUGGAAGAUGUGUGGCCUUGACAAAGCGACAUCUUUAUGUCUAAUAUUUGAAAUUGUUAAGAAGGAAAUCCCAGAUGCUACUGUUCAACCCACUAGCAAUCAAUUUUACUUCCAGUUUCUCACUUAUUAUCAGCAUAGUAGUGGUCAAAUGAGACUUCGUGUUACAACCCUAUCAAGAAGAUGGGUUGCCGGACCUGGUAGCGUUCAGGAGUUGAUUGCUGGGUUUGACCAAGAAGCAGCUGCUGUAGUCAUGGCACGCCUAGUUUCCUUCAAAAUGGAAAGUGAGGCAGAGUUUGACCCUAUAAGAUGGUUGGAUAAAUCACUGAUACACAUGUGUUCUCGGUUUGGAGAUUACCAAAAGGACAGUCCCUCUUCUUUCAGCUUAUCUCCACGGUUUUCAAUCUUCCCUCAAUUUAUGUUUCAUUUACGACGUUCUCAAUUUGUCCAGGUUUUUAACAACAGCCCAGAUGAAACAGCGUACUUCAGAAUGAUCCUAAACCGAGAAAAUGUUACCAAUUCAGUUGUGAUGAUUCAGCCUUCAUUGAUUUCAUAUUCAUUUCAUUCAGGCCCAGAACCAGCACUUCUUGACGUCGCUGCCAUCGCAGCAGACAGGAUUCUGCUUUUAGACGCCUACUUUACUGUUGUUAUUUUUCAUGGUUCAACUAUUGCACAAUGGCGGAAAGCAGGGUAUCAGGACCUGCCAGAACAUCAGGCAUUUGCUCAAUUGUUACAAGCUCCUCGUGACGAUGGAGAUCAAAUUAUCAAGGAAAGAUUUCCAGUACCCCGCCUGGUGAUUUGCGAUCAGCAUGGUUCUCAGGCCCGUUUUCUUUUGGCAAAGUUGAAUCCUUCUGCUACCUACAACAACGAAGCUCCACUUCCGGGAGGGGAUGUGAUCUUUACCGACGAUGUCAGUUUUGAGGUCUUCUUGGAUCAUCUCCAGAGAUUAGCAGUUCAAUAAUACACAAGAAGGUAUCCUGCAGUUUUGUAUCAUUUGAUUCUCAAUUCCUUGUACAGUAAGGCAUACGAAUCAAUUCAAAUUUUGAUUUGGUUUGGGUUCUAUAGUAUACAGAAUCUUAAAAUUUACGUCGCCAUUCGAGUACAAUACCUUGUAAAACCAAUUAUGAAUACGUUCUCCAAACGCGUUGAAAAUUCGACUUCCCUUAUGACUA